UUUUAUUAUUAUUUUUUUUUUUGUCUCUCCUGGAUGGGCAUGGGCUGGAUCCUGGAGCCACCGAAUCCACCAUGAACCACUCAUUCCGUUUCAGCUGUACCAGUCCAGAAGCAGCUUCUCCAAUCUCCACCCUUCAUCAUCUUCCUCGUUAGCUCCUUUCUUCCACACCUCCAGCUUCCUCUCACACUCUCUCAUCUCACCCCUGAACUGCGCGUGCAGUGGAGUGGUGAUCAACCAAGAUCCGACAACCGUUUCCCUGUUUUCUUGAUCAGGGGAUGGUGGUUCUCGCGAAGCUCGGGGCCCCGAGCAUGCCAGGUUUUAUGAUGGACAGAAGGAGACUGAUGUUGAUACCUGCAAUUACCAUUGGCAUCGCCUCCUGUCAGUACACAUUUGAGAAAGCAGCGGCAAAAGCUGAAUUUGCUGAUAUGCCUGCACUUCGUGGUAAAGAUUAUGGAAAGACAAAAAUGCGGUAUCCAGAUUACACUGAAACAGAAUCAGGCCUCCAGUACAAGGACUUGCGGGUUGGUGAUGGCCCUUCCCCAAAAAAGGGGGAGAUUGUUGUGGUUGAUUGGGAUGGCUAUACAAUUGGAUACUAUGGUCGUAUUUUUGAAGCUAGGAACAAGACGAAAGGAGGUUCGUUUGAGGGUGGUGACAAAGACUUCUUCAAGUUUAAGGUUGGAUCAGGACAGGUCAUACCAGCUUUUGAGGAGGCUAUAUCAGGCAUGGCUCCGGGAGGAGUUAGGAGAAUAAUCGUACCACCGGAUCUUGGAUACCCAGAUAAUGACUACAACAAGUUGGGUCCAAAACCAACGACAUUCUCGGGACAAAGAGCUCUUGAUUUUGUUCUAAGGAAUCAAGGCUUGAUAGACAAAACUCUCCUAUUUGACAUUGAGCUUCUCAAGAUAAUUCCUAAUCAGUAGUAUAUGAGGUUCCUUUCUCACUUGGAACAUGAUUGUGUCUUGCACUGACACCUCUUGUCUGUCUACAGUCCGGUAACAUGCCAAAGAUUACUUUUUGCAGGUAUGACGAUUAUUUUGGAACAAAGAAACACAUGUUAUUCACAUCUGUUAUUGAAGAACUGUGAUAAAAAUAUAUAAUGUGUCAUCGAAUGUGAAAAUAAAUUUGCUAGGCAUAUGUGCACAUACGUAAUGAUGCGGUAACCAUAUCUAUACAUCUCCACUUUAUGUCUCUUUUUGAAAGAUGCUUAUGAAGUUUUGUACUGAAGCUGUAUUUUAAUACCUCUUUGUUCACCACUACUGAGGGUAUAGAGGAAGUGAUCAGCUGAGGAAUUGCGGAAAGGAACAACAGCAUUCUAGUUGCAAAAGAUGUAAAUAGACAAAAAUCUUGGCUCUGUCUAUCUUGAAUGAUUCCUUUGUAGCUUAAUAACAUGGUUCUCGGACAAUGAGUGAAACUUGAGAAUUGAUUGCAUUGCAUUGCAUUAGUUGCUGGAGUAAUGAGGAAGAAGGUAAUGCUAAAACUGUAAUCGAGUCCUUCA